AUGUCUGAUAUCCACAAUGACAGUGCUGCCAAACCGAAUGCUCCUAAAGUUGAGAAAACCAGAUUCACCAUUGUUAAUAAGGCAUCCAACAAGGGUGACCCCAGGACUCCUCCAUUAGAGGCCGAUGAUCAUGAUUCAGGAUCACCAGAAUCGCUACUGCAUCAUGCUCACAAUGACAACAAUAACAACAACAAUAUAUCACUUCCAAGGCAGGUGUACUCGCGCUCACGAUCAGCUCCAAAUACACCUCGGUUUCUUCCGUCACAGCCUGACCCAAACACUACUGCUAUACAACACACAAGGCGUAAUAGCUUGAAUGAAAACUUACUCACUAAUAACAAUUUUAUCAAGUUCAAGAAUUCGAUACUAUUGCCCGCUGCUAAAUGGGCAUAUUCCCCAAUUACAAAGAUUCAGAAAAGACUGAGACAUAAACCGAGUGAGCCUGCUGAGUACGUCAUUGAAUACUCAAUAUUCCAGCCUCUCGAAGGCAUGAGCCAAUUAAACACCCAGCAAGACAUUUACAACCACCAAAGGUUCUCACAUGGCGAUUCACAAGAUCUGCCGUUUUCUGAAAAUUACAUGACUGAACUUGAUUUUGACAUCUUGAUUGAACAAGUCAAGAAUGUCAUUGAAAAAGAUCAUGUGUACCCUGAACGCAUCAUCAGCGGAUCAUCGGGUAGUUACUUUGUAUUUAGUCAAAUUGAACCAGGUACAUCACUAUAUGAAAAAGUUGGUGUAUUUAAACCCAAAAGUGAAGAGCCAUACGGUCCGUUGCUGCCGAAAUGGACCAAGUGGCUUCAUAGAACAUUUUUCCCUUGUUGUUUUGGGCGUAGUUGUCUUAUUCCCAACCUCGGGUAUAUCAGUGAAGCAGCUGCUUGUGUUUUAGAUCGCCAAUUACAGUCAUAUGUUGUACCUUUUACUGCAGUGAUUCAGUUACGGGCACCCACCUUUUAUUAUAAAUUUUGGGACAAGUCAAAUGACGUAAAUAAACUACUGUACAAAAUAGGAUCGUUUCAAAUGUUUCUACACGGGUAUGUCAAUGCCGACUUAUUUUUCAAACUGUACCCCAUUCCAACAGAUGUAUACCUUUUACCGAAAUCACUGGAUGUAGAAGUCUGCAUUGAUGAUUGUGGUGGUGCUACUGCUGAUGAUUACAAAUUUCAGUGGAGUCGUGACUCAAUGAGGCAGUUUCAAGAAGAGUUAGAAAAAAUGGUUAUACUAGAUUACUUGAUGAGAAAUACCGAUAGAGGACUGGAUAAUUGGAUGAUCAAGUUGGAGUGGCAUGAACUAGACCGAACGGCCGAUACCAAAAUCAUGCGUCCAAUUCUAAAAAUUGGAGCAAUAGAUUCUGGUUUGGCUUUUCCUUGGAAGCAUCCUAACGAAUGGCGAUCAUUCCCAUUUGGGUGGCUUUUUCUACCAUUAUCUUUAAUUGGCCAACCAUUCAGCAAGAAAACUAGACAGCAUUAUUUACCGUUACUAACUUCAAACCUCUGGUGGGAAACCACUGUAGUCAAGUUGAAGCAUGUUUUCAUGAAGGACAAUGAUUUCAAAGAACGGUUAUGGAAUAAACAAUUGGCAGUGUUGAAAGGACAAGCAUUCAAUGUGGUUGAAACUUUGAAAUUGGAUUUUGCUGGUCCUUUAGAAUUGACAAGGUGCCAAAAUUUAUUGGUGUUUGAUGAUUUGAUGUAUAUGCCAAGGAGCCCAUUAAGAACAAGGAGACGCAGCUUUCCCUUGAUGCAUUCGUCUUGUUAUGAAUCUGAUGUUAGGAAUGGCCAAAGGUAUUUAUCUCAGUUGAGUGAAGCGCCAUCUGAGGAUGUGCAUGAUGAUGAAAAUGAGUAUACACCGUUACUUGGUCCAUUGAAUGCUCUGCUCCAUGAAAGUCCAAGCAGUCUGCAGGUAUUGUCACCUAAUCUGCAUGUAAUAUCCCCUAGUCAACAAACAGAAAACGGUGCUCCCGUGCCAUACGAAUCUGGAUACUCUCGCAUGAAUAAUUUAGCAGUUGAUGCUCCUCCUCCUUCUGAAAAGGGCGCAAGAGUGGUUAUUGAACGGUUAGUUAAGGAAAAUUCAAAUCCGCCAGUAUUUACCUGGUGUUGA